GGUCAAAGCCUCAAAGGCUAAUCAAGUGCUCACAUUGCCUGGAAACAGCAAAACGGAUACCACAAUAGCAAGUCCCGUGUACAACUUUUCUCUCUCAUUGAUUCUCAUUACAGUGCCUUUGCUUGGUUUUCACUUUAUUUCAAACUGAUAGAAGUCUCUCCAUCCAUACAUCCUGUGUUUGAGAAAUCUGAUCGUGUAAGCGAUUAUGGCAAGAACAGGCAAUAAGAACAUACAAGCCAAGCUGGUGGGUGCUUCUUGGGGACAUGGGAGCUGGGAAAACAAGUUUGGUAUUGAGAUUUGUCACAGGAAAAUUUUUGGAGUACCAGGAAUCAACUAUUGGAGCAGCUUUCUUUACUCAGGUUCUGUCAUUGAAUGAAGCUACCAUAAAAUUUGAUAUAUGGGACACAGCAGGUCAGGAACGUUACCAUAGCCUGGCUCCAAUGUAUUACCGCGGCGCUGCUGCAGCUGUUGUGGUCUAUGAUAUCACAAGCAUGGAGUCAUUUAUACGAGCAAAGAAGUGGGUUUUUGAAUUGCAAAGACAAGCAAAUCCAACUUUAAUAAUGUUCUUAGCUGGAAACAAGGCUGACUUGGAAGAGAAGAGAAAAGUAGGGUCUGAGGAAGGUGAACAAUAUGCUAAAGAAAAUGGCUUGGUAUUUCUUGAAACAUCUGCAAAAACUGCACAGAAUGUGAAUGAGCUCUUUUAUGAAAUAGCAAAAAAAUUGGCUAAGGCUACCCCCUCUCGUCAGACUGGGAUAAAAUUGCACAGCAGAUCACAACCAAGCAGCAGGAGAUAUUGUUGCUCUGUAUGAUGCCCUCCCUAUUUAAAGGUUUGUGAUCUAUUUCAAGGACCCUGGUUCAACAAGAUGGAAAGCUGAUUGUGGCGCAUUGAUGCAUCAGUAUGAUGAUGAAGACCCAUCUGGAAACUUGUUACGUAUUUGAAUCUCGUUUCUGUACAUUAUAAAAGUAUUAUCUCAUUACCAACAACAUUGCCUUUGUUACAGUACUCAGUGAUGUUCAUUGAUGUGCAAGAGUGAUUCUGCAGCCUAAUAAUGAGAACAGAAUAUCGCAAACAAAAA